CUGCUUGUGGCCCUUUAUAAAGCCAGGCGGGGUGGAAGAGAGAGAAGGGCUAACCGUUACUGACAGGGCACUUUGUGGAACAAGGGGAGGCCCAUGCUGCCUGCUGACUCAAACAGCACCCCAUGCGCAGCUUCAGGACGGCGCCAACAUGCAGACAGCGUCCGCGGCUACGCAACAAAACUCUCCAUCGCAUUUUUUUUUUCUCCUGCGCAUUCCACACUGGACCAAGGCGGCAAGUUGCCAUGCCAACGGACGACACUCAGCCCCCCCCUCACACCCCCCCCAGCCCAGAAGGACAUGUGACACAUCCACAGACACAGACAUGCUCCAGCAUCCCUCACACUGGACCAAACGCAGAGUGCCUCGAACCAAACGGAGUGAAGCAGAACACAUUGGGAGUGUGAGAGUGGAAGAGGUCGACCUGCUGCUGGAAGACAGAAGACAGUUACUCUACGAUACCAAAGAUCAUCAUGUCAAUUUUAGGACAUUGCAGCGGGCGAUUGAUCCUAACCACACUGACAAUGCAAGACUGGGGAAGACACCUGACUUCCAUCCAAUAGUGCCACUUGCUAAAGACCAGACUGAAGGAAAAAGCCCCUCAAACAAGCGAGACAUAAUGGGUUCCGCUCCACUGAAGCCAUACUCUGAUGCCCUGCAGUACUCUAGCCAUGUGGGACGUCACCUCACGGGAACACAAUGCAGAAAAGACCAGAACUGUUGCUCUUUUGCUCCAUCUCCAAGAAGACGUCGAGAUGAAAAUAAAUAAGGCUCGUUUUCACCUCUGAAAACGUACAAGAUGGUUGAAAGACAAGUUUUCCAAGCAACGUGAAGGUGAAAGCUGUGAAGUCAUGACCUUUACUCACCUUCUCCAGUUUGGAGAGAGCGAGGGAGUAGCAGUCCUUGGC